AUGACUGUCCGCAUGAACCUCUGGUCGCUCACCCUCGUCCCCGGCGAGCCGGUCCCCCUUUACGUCCGCCGCGACUUCCAGAUCACCAACGCCGCCCUCACCGAGGAGCUCCGCUCCAACGACGGCCGCUCGGUUGUCAAGGUCACCCACCACCCCAUCCCCGCCUCUGCCUUUGAGUCGGACUCUGAGUUUGACUCGGACGAGGAGAUGGACGACGAGGAGAUGGACGCCAUGAUCGCCGAGAACGAGUCGGACGACGACGCCGAGGAGGCCGCUGAGGCCGAGGACAAGGAGGGUGACGACGAGGAGGAGUCGGACGACGAGGAGGAGGACGACUUCUCGGACGACGAGGACAUUGAGGAGACCUCGGUCCUCUGCUCGCUCACCGCCGGCAAGUCGGAGCAGGCUGUCCUCAACCUCACUUUUGUCGAGGGCGAGGUUGUCAUCUUUGAGGUUUCCGGCCCCAACGCCGUCCACCUCAUGGGCAACUACGUCAACCAGUGGCCCGAGGAGGAGUCGGACUGCGACUCGGACUGCGAGUCGCACGACGACUACUCGGACAUGGGUCUCGACGAGGACGAGUUCUCGGUCGAGGAGUUCUCUGAGGACGAGGAGAUUGCCCCCAAGGGCAAGAUUGUCGCCAUCGAGGAGAAGAAGGUCGAGAAGAAGGCCGCCAAGAAGGAGGAGAAGAAGGCCGAGCCCGUCAAGGCCACCAAGCGCAAGGCUGAGGAGGAGCCCGAGGCUUCGCCCGCCAAGGCCCUCUCGAAGGCCGAGAAGAAGAAGCUCGCCAAGAAGGCCAAGACCGAGGAGGCCCCCGCCGCCGCUGCCGCCCCCGCCGCCCCCAAGGAGAAGGAGACCAAGAAGAAGACUCUCCCCUCGGGUCUUGUUAUUGAGGACGUCAAGGUCGGCGACGGCCCCGCCGCCAAGCCCGGCAAGCGCCUCGGCAUGCGUUACAUCGGCAAGCUCACCAACGGCAAGCAGUUUGACGCCAACACCGGCGGCAAGCCCUUCUCGUUUGUCCUCGGCCGCGGUGAGGUCAUUGCCGGCUGGGACCAGGGUCUCGCCGGCAUGGCCGUUGGUGGCGAGCGUCGUCUCACCAUCCCCGCCAAGCUCGCCUACGGCAACCAGAAGAUUCCCGGAAUCCCCGCCAACUCGACCCUCAAGUUUGACGUCAAGCUUGUCUCCAUCAACUAA